GAAUCCAGCAGCGUCUCUCACAGUGAGUCCUCACAGACUGCAGCACUUCAGCACAGAGUCACUGUCACUGAGCUGUGAGGGAAACUCUACUGAGUGGAGAGUGAUGAAGGCUGAUGAAGAUGGUAAAGUGUCACCCUGUUCUUACUGGGGAGAAAUGACUGGAUCCACAUGCAGCACCAGCACUAGAGCGAGUAGUGGAGUGUACUGGUGUGAGUCUGAAACCCAGUACAGCAAUGCAGCCAACAUCACUAUAAACAGAGGUGAUGUCAUCCUGGUGAGUUCUGUCCGUCCUGUGACUGAGGGACAUUCGGUCUCUCUUGGCUGCAAGUUGAGGACAGAAGAACUUCUUCAUAAUGUGGAUUUCUAUAGAGAUGACAAAGUCCUCCCAAAUGCUGUCAGAGGGGAGCUGCUUAUCUCUGCAGUUACUAAGUCACAUGAAGGUUUUUAUAAAUGUAGAGGAAGGAAAUCACCUCAAGGUUUGGAGACUUUGACCUCAGCAGAGAGCUGGUUGUCAGUGACGUAUCCUGAAGAAGCAGCACCACGCUCUGUGUUUCCCGUGCUGUUGGUUGUUGGUCUGGUUUCUGGACUUUUACUGAUUCUUCUCCUGCUGCUGUUUCUGUGUCGCUACAGAAAGUCAAAAGCUUCAAGCCUCAGCAGGUCUCAGAGGACCAAUCAGAGCCCAGCUACAGACCACAUGAUCAACCAGGGGGAAACUGAGGACCGACAUUCCGCUUCUAUUCUUCAUGAUGAAUCCAGCCUCACAUAUUCUGUGGUUCAGCUCAAAAACCUUAAAAAGAAGAAGAAGCACGAUGAACCAGACGAGAGCCCCGUUUACUCCAAUGUGAGGAUUCCAUCAGCUGCAGAUGACAAUGUGACGUUUGUCCAGGUUCACCCCCCCACUGGAAAGAAGAAGAAUAAAGGAAAAUCCAGAUGUGUUGCAGAAGAGGAAUCUGUUUAUUCUCAAGUCAAACCAGGAACAUCUGAGCCAUGAUGCUUUCCCCCAGGGACACGAGAACCCUUCAUCUGAUGGAGACAUUUCAUCAUCUGCCCAAACAGUUUUAGGUUUUUCAGGGUUUUUCAUGUCCAGGGACACGGAUCAAAGUAAAGUGCUGUAUAUCUCCUGCUAAAAUGAAGCAUCAGCAAAUAGAGACUCAUCAAAAUGGGAGCUGGUGCUGCUGCUCUGUGGACACAUCUUUAUAGUCUUCUGAAUGCUACUCAAAUCUUUAUUUUAAAUGUUGCAUAUAGUCUAAAGUUGCAUAAAGCCUUCUGCUUGUACCCUUACAUCCCUCUGUAAUACUUGGUCCCAGUAAAAGUGGAUAAAUAGCAUUUCACAUGGAGUGGGUGUCCCUUUUAUGUCUAAGAUUGUAUUUUUUUCCACAUAUACUUACCGACGUCUCGUAACGUCACAAGAUAUUUAGAGUUGCAAAAGGAACGGGUCCAUUUCAAAGGGACGUUUGCAUUUAGCAACUGAUGGCUGUAAGAAAGCAUCAAAAGCUUUAAGAGUAAAUCAACAAACUCCUUUCAGCCUUUGUGAGGGAUUUAAGAAGAAGUGCAAACCCAGCGGUGGGAAGUAUAUUACAUGUAGUAAUGUUUA